AUGCCGGCGGCGCAAGACGCGCCGUGGCCGGGGCCGCCCGUCGGCGCCGCCGCUCCAGAGGCGCCGAGCCUCGGCUGCGUCUGGAGGUGCCCGGCCGUGGGGUCGCGGGAGCCUGCGGCGCAGGGCGCGCCGGCGGCGGUGCGGGUGCGCCUGGAGGCGCCCAGCCGCACCUGGCGCGUGGGCGAGGCCGUGGAGCUGCGGGUGCAGGUGGAGAACGGCUCUGGCAGGCCGGUGUUUGCCCGUCUGGGCGCCUACAGCGACGGCACCGACGACGGCGCCGUCGUCGCCGCGGCCGGCCUCCGGAGCCGCGCGGCAGGCGCGCUCGGCGAGGAGGCGCCGUGGUCGGCGGCGCGCGUGCUGCAGCCCCGCGCGCUGCCGCGCGAGCGCGAGGCGGCGCUGCGGGAGCGGGCGCUCUAUCUGCCCGCGGGCCGCUCCGCGGUCUUCGAGCUCCGCGGCCGCGCAGUGGCCGCCCACGGCAUCGGCCACGCGCUGCGCCUCGGCGGCGGCCACGGAGGGGCCGAGGUGCUGCUGCCGCUCCCGUCGCCCGGCGGCGGCUCGGCCGGCGGCGGGCCGGCGCAGGCGAUCCGCGUGGAGCUUGGAGGCCCGGGCGGGGACCUGCCCGGCGGCGCCUCCACGCCGCGGUCCGGGCGCUGGCGCACUAGCG